AUGAAGCACGUGAUCGAAUUGGUGAUCGUGUUGCUGGUGGUGAUGAUGGUGUUACCACUGUCAGUCGCACUUUUCGUCUAUUUUGAGCGAAAAGUGAUUGGUUGGAUGCACGCCAGGAUGGGGCCAAAUCGGGUCGGUCCGUUGGGCUUGCUGCAAACGAUUGCUGACGUGCUAAAGCUAUUGAUGAAGGAGAUUAUCCUUCCGACCAACGCCAACAAGUUUCUGUUUAUGCUGGCCCCGCUGAUGGCCUUGAUUCCAAGUUUCGCCGCCUGGGCGGUGAUGCCCAUUGAUUCGAAACUUGUGCUGGCGAACCUCGAUGCAGGUUUGCUCUAUGUUCUGGCUAUGACCUCGCUAGGGGUCUAUGGCGUCAUCAUUGCUGGAUGGGCUUCUAAUUCCAAGUACGCGUUUCUAGGUGCGAUGAGGUCCGCAGCGCAGAUCGUUUCUUACGAAAUCGCGAUGGGCUUUGCGCUGGUCGGGGUACUUAUUGCUGCGGGGAGUUUGAAUCUUGUCGAAAUCGUUGAGGCUCAGCGCGGCGGGUUCUUUGACUGGUUUUGGCUGCCGCUCUUCCCCCUGUUCGUGAUUUACUUCAUUUCGGGAGUGGCAGAGACCAAUCGUGCUCCGUUUGACGUGGCCGAGGGCGAAUCCGAGAUUGUCGCCGGUUUUCAUGUGGAAUAUUCUGGCAGCCCAUUUGCUCUGUUCUUUCUGACCGAAUACACCAACAUGAUCUUGAUUGCAGCGCUGGCCACUGUGAUGUUUUUUGGCGGAUGGUUGUCGCCGAUAGCCGGGUGCGAUGGCUGGUGGUGGUGGCUGAUUAAGACCAUGGGGUUUUGUUUUUUCUACCUCUGGUUCCGAGCAACGUUCCCACGUUUUCGCUAUGACCAGAUCAUGCGUCUUGGCUGGAAGGUAUUCAUUCCAAUUACUAUCGUGGCAUUGCUGCUAGCGGCGGUCGCAAAGUUGUCCGGUUGGUUCGUGGUGGGGGCUUAA